UCAUAAACCAUGCCGAAGAACAAGGGAAAGGGAGGAAAGAACAGGAAGAGGGGAAAGAAUGAAGCAGAUGAUGAAAAGCGUGAGCUUGUGUUCAAGGAAGACGGGCAGGAGUAUGCCCAAGUGCUUCGCAUUGAUGGCACGAAGCGUCUUUGCCAUAUCCGAGGCAAGAUGCACAAGAAGGUCUGGAUUGCAGCCGGUGAUAUAAUCCUCGUUCGUCUUCGUGACUACCAGGAUGACAAGGCUAAUGUGAUUCUCAAGUACAUGCCUGAUGAGGCUAGGCUCCUGAAGGCCUAUGGUGAGCUUCCUGAGAACACACGUCUCAACGAAGGCAUCAUUGAUGAUGAGGAUGAUGGUGGUGGCGAUGAUUAUAUUGAGUUUGAGGAUGAAGAUAUCGGUAAAAUAUAGGGUUUCGGAAUUACUUCUGUAUGGAUUUUAUCUCUAGUUCUUGAGAGUUAUUGUUAUUGACAGUAUUACAUGACUAUGAAUUGCACUUUGUACUUAUCAGAAAAAAAAAAAUGAAUUGCACUUUGUAAGUUUGGAUUUUCAGGCGGUGAAUCGGUUACAUUCCAUGUAACACCUGUUAUUACAAAAUGAGUGGCUGUUAUGUUUUCCUCUU